GCAUUUUUAUUUCGACCCUUUUUAAGAAACUCCCUAAACUUUCCCAUUUUCACAUUUCAUUCCUUUUGCUUAAAAUUGAAGAAAAACAAAUAUAUAUUAUUUUUUUGAGAGAAGAAGAAUGGGAGAUUAUAAUUUGCCACCUGGGUUUAGAUUUUACCCAACAGAAGAAGAGUUGGUUUCCUUUUAUUUGUAUCAUAAGCUUGAAGGUGGAAGAGAGGCUUUUAAUGGAGUUGUGGAUCAAAUCAUACCUGUUUUGGAUAUUUAUCACUUCAAUCCUUGGGAUCUUCCACAAUUUGCUGGGGAGGUGUGCAAGAGAGAUGAAGAGCAAUGGUUUUUCUUCAUACCAAGGCAAGAAAGUGAAGCAAGAGGAGGAAGACCAAAGAGAGUGACAACCACUGGCUAUUGGAAAGCAACUGGCUCACCAAGCUAUGUUUACUCUUCAAACAACCAUAAAAGCAUUGGAGUUAAAAGGUCUAUGGUUUUCUACAAUGGAAGAGCUCCCAAGGGAACCAAAACUCAAUGGAAAAUGAAUGAAUAUAAACUCAUUGGUCACCAUUUUCCUUCUACUACUACUUUUCCUAAUAAUAAGUUGAGCUUGUGUCGAAUUUACAAGAAAUCAAAGACAGUGAGAGCAUUUGAUAGACGACCGCCACUGCAACAAAUGGAGGCUUCGAUUCCAGCUGAGCUACGACCAACUACGUCUCAGCAUAACGAUAUUUGUGAUCAGUUUGUAGAUGAUCAGAAGUUACCCAAUCCGUCAUUAAUGGCGGCUGAGAGACCGAGCUCGUCGGAGUCUUUUUCCUCUGGUGAUCACAAUGGAGAAUCAGCAAACAACAACUUGAAGAUGGAAGUUGAUAAUAAUGAGCUUGUGUGGGAUUGGAACCAUUUGAACUGGCUCUAGCUAGUAGUCUUCAACUUUAAGAAGGAUAGAAUUGAUUAAAAAACAAAUAUUGCAUUUGUUCAAAUAUCAAUUUUAUCACAAACUCUUUUAUAUAUUUAUGAAUUAUCAAUAGACUCUUUUAUUAUUAGAGGUAUUGACUUGAAGCAGAGUUUAAUGGGUUGUUAAGUUACCAUAUUUGAUCUACUUAAAGGAUUGUAUGGAUCUUCAAUCUCAUAUUUAUAUCUAUAUGCAACAAUAUUUAGAGCCAUGCGUAUAUUAUUUGAUCUACUUAAAGGAUUGUACGGAUCUUCAAUCUAAUAUUUAUAUCUAUA